AUGGAAAGUGCAGCAGGUGUGCAGGGCAUCCAACAAAUGUCUAAAGACGGGACACCAGUGGAAGUAUUGGAAGGUGAUGGGGACAAUACCUUGAUUGCUAAGCUCAGAAGUGACCAUGGAAUCAAUAUGAAAAAAUGUCUGGACAAGAAUCAUGUGAUAAAGAAUAUUGACUCACUGGACUUUUGUGUGCAAACCACCUCAGCUUUCAUCAAUGACGGCAGGAGUUACAUAGCUCAGUGGGAUGAACGAAGGAAGAUUCCUUCAUAUAAACGUAGGAGACUCCAGUUGAAGGAAGAACGAUCUGUGACGCAGUGUGCCAAUAAAUCUCUUGAGGGGGACACCUAUCAGUCAGAAAUUGGGUUAGAGGAAAAUAUUGAUACGGGACAAAUACCAGAGGCUAUUCCAAAGGGCCUUUUCAAAAAACUAGAGCCAAAUGGUCAAAAGGUGAAAUAUAUCACAUUUGGCUUGGAAACUACAGGUCUUAUAAGAGGACAAGCCAUGCCCCAUAUAACACAAAUUACUGCUCGUGUAGUAGAUAGUAGCGAACCAUUCAACUCGUACAUCUUACCAACUAUAGCUAUCGAGGAAGAAGCUGCAAAGAUAACUGGAAUCCAUCGCAACAGUAGUGGCGAGCUGAUAGUGAAUGGAAACAAGAAGGAUGCUGUUUCUACUCAGGAUGGUCUAAAUCAUUUUUGUAAAUUUCUGGAAAAACAUGAAAACCCUAUACUUAUUGCACAUAAUGGCAGAAAAUUUGACUUUCCUGUACUUGUAACUGCAGCAAAAAGUGUGAAUAUGUUAGAUCAGCUUUUCUCAUGUGCAUUUGGAUGUGUAGAGUCACUCAAUGUGUUCCGUAAGGCCUUUCCAAAUAUAUGUCAAAUUAUAAGCAGGAAACCCUUACCAAAUCUCUGUUAGGAGAUAACUAUAGCUAUGGGGCCCAUGAUGCAUGUGAGGAUGUCAAAGCUUUGUGUGAUUUGCUUCAGAAGAAAGAGAUGAAGGAGAGCAUUCUGCUAUCAAAUAGCUUCCCUCUCAAAGCUGUGUACAAUGGAUUGUUGUUUGCACGGGAAAAGUCUUAAAAACAUCGAAUCACUUGAAGUCCUAAUUUCAAGUGGUGUUCUUAAGAGGCCGACAAUAGAAAAUGUGGCUGGAUCGGGUCCGACACUCCAGCAUCUCUUGUCAAUUUACAAGAGAAAUGGUGAGGAUGGACUCAGAUCAACUUUUACACACAAAACUGUUGAUGACCAACCCAGAGUGACCAAUUGCAAAAAAGUAAUGGAUGAAGCAAUACCAAAACUUGCAGAAUUCCUUGAAAAGCGUGUUUCUUCUACCUAAGUAAAGUAGUAUAUACUACCAUACGGAUGUCUCAAAUAUAUUCAAAUUUUCCAUAUUCAUAUACAUUGUACAGUUAUGUAAGAAUUUCUGCAUGAAAGUGAUUUUGUGUCUUCAGACUUAAAAUAUCAAUGCACGAAAGGUUAAUAUAUAUAUUGCUGAAAUAUAUAUUGAUGGAAAAUUCUAAUUUAUUCAUCAUAUUUACAAAUGUCCGUAUUCUAAACUACUUUAUAGAUAUUCAUUUAGUCUUUUUGAAAUAUUAGAAGAAAAAUAAUGAUGACAACAAAUCUUGCAUGUAGUAGAAAGUAUUCCCCACCCCACCCCAAAUUUUUCAUUUUGUCUUGGGGGAAUAACUCAUAAAGGACAGGAUAUAUUUACUAUGAAGAAUUUUUUUCCUGUUAGUGACUCAUGUUCAGAUGUAGGUGGGUUUUUUGCUCUAAGUUAAUUCUGUGAUAUUUGCAAUCAUUUCAUAGCCGGAAAUCCCCCCCCCCCCCCCCCCAGUUUUUGGUUUCUUUUAUUUUUUUAUCUGACAGAAAUGUUUAUUUUUUCCCUUAUAAGUGACUUAUAUUUGCAUACAGAUAUGUAUCUGGUGAAAUAAAAUGAAUUAUGUGUAUUAUUUAUAUUUUUAUGUACUCUAAAAUUGACAUUUAUGAUUGAAUUGGACUGAUGGAAGAUUAUGUGAAUAUUGUUCGUCGCCAUUUUUGAGUGCUAGUUUACACAAAUUGUAUGGAUAGAACUUUGUUUUUUUGGUUUUAAAAUGUUAACUAGACCCUCAGGAAUGUUUCUGAGUGGUUUAUUUGCAAAAUACUUCAUUAAUGGUUUUAUUAUUAGCAAUGUAAAAGUUCAAGGAGUAGUAGUGUGCAGCCAGCCGGGAUCGAACCCGCGACCCUCGGCUUACUGGUCCGCCGCUCUACCGACUGAGCUAAAGGGAAAUUCCCCCUAGCCGGAAGCUAGAAGGCGACCAUACAACUAUGUGCAGUAUUUACAAUUAAUACCCGGCCUGUUACAGCAAUAAUGAUAUCUUGUGAUUUCAAAAAAAGGGGAGAUAAUCAAAAUAAAAUUCAUAUAAUGCCCAAAAUAUAUAUGAAAAAUAAAAAACACAUUUAUAUUUCAUAUCAUAGAGUGAAGAGCUUAAGUACUGACUUGAAUUUAUAGAAAAAUACUUUUUUAUUUUUUUUUUAUUUUUUAUGAAAAUUGUAAAUUAAGAUACGAAAUGAUCAGUUGUCUUCUGGCGUGGAUUAUCCCCCUUAUUUUGACCUUUAAAUAUAUUUUUCUGGAUAGAAUUGAUGCAAAUAGAUUGUUAUACCAAUUUAUGCACAAAAAUGAUGAAUAUGCACAUGUCUACCUAAAAAAUUUUUAAUUAUUUAGGACCAAACUUUUUUUUUUUUUUUUUACGAUCAGAACCUGAUCAGACUGCAUCAUUAGAACGGCCCAUUAGAACGAAUAUUCAAACUCUCCGUAUACACUGCUCUCCGACAGAAGUUGUCGUCCGUCGUCCAGAGCUACGUUAUCGCAGCUAAUGUUUCAUAAAAAACGUGUAUCAUGGGUCAGUUAUAGUAUGCUGAAAUCCGACUUUAUUUUAUAAAGCUAACAAAACUAUUGCAUUUGUUGGUCGUAGUGGUCAUUCGUGAUGUUUACACCGACUGUACUCUUCCACACAAAGAAUAUACAGAAUUUGGAAUUUCUGGGAUAAGAUUUAGUGAGUAGAUUAUUAUAUUAAUAAUAAAGACUCCUAAAAUAGACAUCUACAUUCAGUUCUCAUAACUAAAGACACUUGGAAUAUUUUCAUAUCCAAAUGGUCCAUCAUUAGGGAGUACCCAAACCGAAAAGACAUUUUAUGACAAUUUUUACAACUGAUGAUUUUAUGGGAAAUCCAAACUGAUAAAACCAGCUUGUCUUAAUCUUCAGUUAUAAAUGUAUAAAUGUAACCUUUUCAAAUGCUUUUAUGUAAUGUGCACAAAGCUGUGAAACUUUUGUGUUACAUUAACAAAAUGAGAAAUAAUUCUAGAUGAUUUGUAUUUUUGUAUUAUGAGCCGUCUGUCAAAGGAUCAUAUUUUGUUAAUACUGCACUAUACUGUAUUAUAAUUGCAUUGUCAGCAUAAAUGUAUAUAUAUAUAUAUAUAUAUAUGUGUGUUUCAUCUCUACAAUGUAAGAAGUUUUAAAGUUUUGAACAAUACCUGUGACAGACACAUUGUACGCUGUAUGUCUGCAUACGUUACAGGAGAUUGAAACAUCUAAGUAUGAAUGUUAACUUCUUAGUAGUUUGUUUGAAACACUUAAGUAAAAUGUUUAACUAUUUAAGUGCAGGCUGGUUUUAUACAAUAAGUAGAAAUGUUAAACAACAUAAGUAAAAGUUAGCUUAAAACACUUAAGUGGAUAUGUUUAACUACUUACGAAGAAGUUUGUUUGAAACUUCAAGAUGGUUAAAACCAUUAUGUACAUCAGGACAGCUAAACCAUUACACUGUGUGUCCAUCAGGACUGAAAAUCAUUUCGUCUAAUUGGCUUUAAACACUUGAGAAGAAAUGCUUAACUUCUAAAAACCUCACUCUUGAAUGUAUAUAUCAAUAAUCAUGUUGACAUCACUUUAAUUUCUAUUCUUGCUUUAUUUCAAAUAUCAUCUUUUCAUCUUACUAGCACCCCCUCAGUACUUUCAGUACUUUGAUUGAAAUUGAUUUUCAGAAUUAAAGCAUGUUUUGUAUACAAUUUAACUGACCUUAUAAGGGAUUUUUUUUCACAAAUCAAUAUGCAAUGCCAAUAGCUGUAUUGUGAUGUCAUAUUUUGCAUACAAACAAUGGAAAAUUAAUUAUUGUUAAUUGUUAUAUAGUGGUAUUAGGGGACUGCAAAUAAAACCGCAUGGGUUUCAUUACCAUAGCCACCAUGCGGAGGCUUCCGAUUGGUUGAAAUUUCGAUGAAAAUUGGUCUAUGGGUGUAAUAGGGGACUGCGAAUUCAACCACAUGGGUUAUUCGGGAUCUAUUUAUUGCCCUAGUUAUCUGUUUCAUUGUUAAUUUACUGUCGAUUUGUCCAUUAUGCUAAAGGACAUUAAAAGAUCGAUUAAAGUUAUCAAAGUGAUUAAUUCUAUUUAUUACUAAUUAAAUGAGGAAUUUCUACUCUAUUGAUUUAUAAUAGUACAGUAUGUGAGAAAUUGUUGAAGACGGUUUGCAGACUUCGAAAUAGCGACUUCGUGAAUGAUUGUUGCAAUUUAAUGAAAGGAAUUUCGAGGUAGAUCUAGUUCAUGUAUGCAAGUGAAAACAUUUUUGUAUUUUCUGUAUCUAACAUAUUUACAUGUAUUUAAUAAAUCACUGAUCUUUACCUGUA